UUUGCUUCACUCUCAGAGAGAUCAGAGAACGCUGAGGGAUCUCAGUGAAAUCAGGGAACUCGGUGAGAUCAGCAGGAAUCAGCAUGUUACCAAUGAGCUCGAUCUGCAGAGGCGUGCGCCUCCUGGCCCAGCAGCAUGUGGCAGUUCUGGAGUUCUCGGCAUCUUGUACACGUCCGUCCUCAUCCUCGAGUUCGUCCUCGUUGCACGUACCUCCUCCUGCUUGCAUGCUGCGGCCCCUCGAGGUGCCCCAUCGCUACCUGUUCGGACCCGGCCCGUCUAACGUCCCACCCCGUGUCCUGGCCGCUGGAGGGAGACCCAUCAUCGGUCACCUGCACCCGGAGAUGUACGAGAUUAUGAACAACAUCAAGGAGGGAAUUCGCUACGCCUUCCAGACCACCAACCACAUGACGCUGGCGAUGAGCGGCUCGGGGCACACGGCUAUGGAGUGCGCCGUGUUUAACAUCGUGGAACCUGGAGAGAGUGUUCUGGUGUCCGUUAACGGCGUGUGGGGAGAACGCGUGGCCGAAAUCGCAGACAGAAUGGGUGCCAAAGUUCACACUCUGGUAAAAGCCCCUGGUGGUUAUUUCACAAACCAAGAAAUCGAAAAGGAAAUUUCCAAACAUAAACCCGUUCUGUUUUUCCUCACACAUGGAGAAUCCUCAGCCGGUCUGGCGCACCCUGUAGACGGCAUCGGGGACAUCUGCCGCAAGUAUAACUGCUUGUUCUUGGUGGAUUCAGUGGCGUCUCUGGGAGCAUCACCUCUGCUCAUGGACAAACAGAAGAUCGAUAUUUUGUACACGGGAUCACAGAAAGCCUUAAACUCUCCUCCGGGUACAGCACCUAUUUCAUUCAACGACAGAGCAUGUCAGAAGCUGUUCAACAGGAAGACGAAGCCCGUGUCCUACCUGCUGGACAUGACUCACCUGUCCAACUACUGGGGGAACGACGGUGAACCUGCGCGACUGUAUCAUCACACCGGCCCCGUGUCCGGGUUCUUCACCCUGAGAGAGAGUCUCGCCAUCCUCGCCGAGAAGGGUUUGGAGAACUCGUGGAAACAGCACAGACAGGUAGCAGAGUAUCUCUGGAAGGGUUUAGAAGAUCUCGGCCUUCAACUCUUCAUUAAAGACAAGGAUCUGAGGCUUCCAUCGGUCACCACCAUCGCCAUUCCUGAGGGAUACGACUGGAAGGAGCUUCUGACGUACAUGAUGAAGCACCACCAGUUGGAGAUGACGGGAGGGCUGGGGCCGUCCGUCGGCAUGGUGAUGCGAUUGGGGUUGAUGGGCUACAACUGCAGCAUGUCCAAUGCCGAUAAAGCCCUGGCGGCCCUGUCCGACGCCCUGAAACACUGCAAAAAACACAAAGCCUAGAGAGAGCGAGCGAGAGAGAGAGAGAGAGACGUCGGACUCCUCACUCGACUGCAGGACAGCUGUGGAGACGCCGAACACGCCGCAGAUGUUAGGACCAUGUGUGAAUUGUCUUAUUAUUCCGGGGGGGGGGGAAUCGCGAGGUGUUGCUACGUUCUCAGUGCUAUGUUCACUUCUUGUGCCAUAUGAUGCCUCCAGGGCAUGAGGAGACAUCUUCUGGGCUUUGAAAGGUCAUGCGUCUUCUCAUCGUUCUAUAUAGCUCCAAUAAGUUAAAUACUCACUAAAUACUCAUGCAAUCAAUAAAAGUCUUUGACAGUG